CCAGAGGAACCAGAGAGCACACCUGUGCGUGCCCCUCCAACAGAGGCGUCGCCCAGUGACGAUGAGGAUGCUGAUGAGAUCUCGGGUCAGGACGUGGAGCUGACCGCUGAGAGAGGUGAGAGAUGUGUGGCAGGUGAGAGAUGUGAGAGAUGUGAGAGAUGUGAGAGAUGUGAGGGAGAGAGAGAGACAUGGAGGUAGACUGUACAUAACACUGCAUGAAUAUAUUAUUAUUAUUAUUAUUAUUAUAAUCCCUUGUGGUGUUGAAAUGAAGAGCCACCAGGGGGCGAUAGAACAUGGUGAGGCACAGAGCCAUAUACAUGUGUAUUGAGUAUUUUGUAUCUUUGGCCACAGAACCAAGUCGGACUGCGGAUGCAGCCUAUAGACCAAGGAGUGUGAGUAUGAGGACCUGUAGUGUGUUACCUGCUCUAUAGUACCCACUGAUGUGUUUAAACCCCGGAUCGCUGAUGCUAUGUAACGGCCAAUGAGAGGCUUUGAAACCACCGGUCGCUAUAUUGGUACCCCGCAGAAGAAGAAUCCUCCAUAAGAAUUAAUGGAAUUCUACAGUAUUUAAAUCAUAUGUUUCAAGGACAAAAUUACAUGUAUUUAAGUAUUUUGUUGUAGAGGGGACGGUAAAAUGAGUACUAUGUUUUUACAUUAUUUAUUUUUUGUUCAGUUCACUUAAAAUGAUUUAAAAGUGUGCAUUAAGGUGUCUGCAAUAGAAUAUACUUGUCAAAAAUGAAUGUAGACAUUAAUAAAUGCAUUUCUAUAGCUUCCAACAACUUUUUUUUUUUACAUUUUAGCAGACACUCUUAUCCAGAGCAAUUAGGGUUAAGUGCCUUGCUCAAAGGCACAUUGACAGAUUUUUCACCUAGUCGGCUCGGGGAUUAAAACCAGCGACCUUUCGGUUACUUGCACAACGCUCUUAACCACUAAGCUACCUGCUUAGUUACAGAGGAGUAACUAAAUGGCUGUGCAGUGGCUUUAAUACAUCACCCACUGUCAGUCAUCUAGGGCUAAUACAUAUCAUUGAUAGUACCUGACCAGCCAUCAAACAAAUCAUUGGUUGCCAAUAUACCAUACUACCACACUUCAUGUUCUCAUGGUGUGACUCUCUCUCUAUCCCUCCAGGGGACUUCCAGUCAGAAAGGAGAGCGAGGAGACCCAGGACCAGCCGGCCCCCCUGGCUUCCCCGGACCUCCAGGCCCACACAGUCCCUCAAGCAAUGGCUUCUCUGAGGCAGUGCCGGGACCCAGGGGCCCCCAGGGGCCCCCAGGACCAGCAGGAACACCCGGAGAACCCGGCAAUGACGGCCAGCCAGUAAGAACCUGGUUGUUACCGCAACGUCCCCUCCCUUCACCCCUUAUUUGGUCAUGUUUAUCAGCGCUGUAAUUGUAAUUGGGCGUAAUUGCAAAUCACGAUUGUAUCUGGUUACGGUCGAUUCGUUCGUUCUCUCUGAGUCCUAGACAGUGCCCUGCCAAACACCAACCAGCCAGCCUGAUUUGUCAUGCUUCACAUCGUACAGUAGGAGCUCGGCAGUUGGCAGGGCGAUAGGACAGAAUUCUUUAUUUCUCUGUCUCACAUCGAGAACAUGCUAUUCUUUCCAUUUGUGUGGUUUGGUCGGCCAGGCAUAUUUUUCACCAAUAUAGUUCAGUUCCAUUGGUGGUCUCUCUCUGUAAUUCUGCUAUUGCCCUCAUUUUAAUGGCCCAUUUACGUGGUUUUAUGCCCACAGCCAGAAUCUUUCAUUCCUUAGCACUUCAAACAUUCAUCAUUACUAGACUUAAACAUCUCUGAGCUUAGAUCGCUAUAGUCCUACUGCACUGUGGGAAUUAAACUAUUUUUCUAUACAAUAGUGUACUGAAUAGUUUCAGAAUUUGUAUUGUAUUCUUAAUCUCCAACCAAUAGUCCCUACGGUACACAAUACAUAACAGAGACUUGACUCUGUUGUUCUGCUAUAUAUAAUAACUCCCACCCUCUUUCUUUCUCAAGAACACGACUGUUCUCAUUCCACUGUAAACACACCACAGCUGCUUAGGCACACACAGCCAAUACAUUUUAGUCAUUUAGCAGUCGCUCUUAAAUAUUUAUUUAUUUAUUUUUCAUUAUUUUUAUUUUUUUCAUACUGGCCCCCCGUGGUAAUACCACACACGUGUCCACCAGACUAAGCCAACUAUGGAGGAAAGGGGGAUGAAUUCAUUUGGAAAUGUUUUACAAAAAUGAGGAAAGUUGAGUCAUUGUUUAUUUACAACUCACAUCCCUGGACAUCAAUGGGUCUUUGAUCUGCUCUGUGCGUUUCUAUCAGUGGAACGUUAGCACCUGCCCACCUGUGGGCUUGAUAAACUCUGAAGCCCAGGUCCUGACCUCUGUGGGAAGGGAUAUGAGGUGCUGCUCACAUGUGGGGUACAUCUGUAUGCGGUUCUGUCUGUGUGUGUCUACGUGUGUGUCUGUGUUUGUGUGUGUGUGUGUGUGUGUGUGUGUGUGUGUGUGUGUGUGUGUGCGCGCAGCCUCAUGAGUCAUAAAGGUGCUUCAGAGGGGAUUAGAUAAGUGUCGUAGUGAAAACCGGGUGGAUGAUCUCUUUGAACACUGUGUUUAUGGAGUGAUAUAACUCUGGAAGGAAGGGCCACACAUGAAUCCAGUCUCCAACUCCUGUCAAUCCACCAAUCAUUCUUAGAAAGCCUGCAGUACUGUACACAACCCAUGUGGAUAUCUUUAUAUGUUUCAACCCAUCAGCCAUUUCUCAUGUUGAUAAUCCUCACUUGCUGUGUUCCUACCACAGGGAGAAACUGGAGUUCAGGGAUUCCCAGGCUUGCCAGGUGAUCCCGGUCCCAAAGGAGACAAGGUGCAACAUCGCAUACUGUAUAACCCCCUUUCACUGCUGCAGACGGUACAUGAUGUUCUAGUGGCCUACAGGUUUUAGCUCCACUGUCACUGAAUAGUUCAGCAGUGCUCGACUUCAUUGCAUUGCACAUUUUUGCUCUUGCCCAGCACCAACACACCUGAUUCAACUAAUCAAGGGCUGGCGAUUAAUUGAAUCCGUUGUGUUAGUGCUGGGCCAGAACAAAAAUAUGCACCAAGGGUUCCCCCAGGUAAUGGAUUGAGAAACACUGUUGUAGUUGGUUGUUGUGUUUGACCCUUGACCCUUGAUUGUGUGUCUUGUUGACCCCUGAAGGGUGAUCCUGGAGUGGGCAAACCUGGUCCCCUCGGACCUCCUGGGCCACCGGGCCGACCCAACUCAUCCAGAUCCCCGGUAUGUAAGUGUGGAAUGAACCACACCUGGAUGUGAAUAGAUGGAUUGGAAGAAUUAGUUGGUUGAUUGAUUGGUUGUUUUCAUUGAUUCAUCAGUUCAUUCAUUCAUUGUAAGCGUAUGUGGUUUGCAGAACGGUGUGGACGGCUCAGGCUUUGAGUACUUUGACGGAGACACAGAGAUUAUGACAGUGAGUGGUCAUCCUUUUCAAAACCCUAGAAUCCACACCUGCUGUUGUUAUGCUCUCUGACUACAGUCACAAACACCAUCUGGGUACACACAGUUAGCUUUAGCAUUCAUGCAUUAUGACAGCUGUCUCAUGUUAUUUGUUAGCAUUAAUGUUUUUUUUUUUUUUUUUUUUUCUUCAUCCAGGGUCCUCCUGGUCCACCUGGCCCCCCAGGGCUGCCUGGCCCCCCAGGUUCAUAUGAGGCCCUCUCUGCGUCCCCUGGGGCUCCCGGGAAAAACGGGAAGGAUGGAGAGAUGGGUAAACCUGGACUGCCGGUGAGUCACCGAACACUUUAGUGAAACUCACUCACUCUCACUUGUACCGUUAAAGCCAGUGAGUGGUAAAAUGGCGCCAUCCAUCUAGCAGUUGUAGUUCUAAGUGCCAAUUAAGUAGCUGUUAUAGCACCCCCGUGGGGAGGUCAGCGUUGGUACAUUCCAACCCACCGUGUCAUGAACCCACGUUUGAAGGAGACAUCUAAAACUGUAUUGUAGACUCAACUUAGUUCUAUGGUGGUGUUUAAGUCCCUUUGUACAUAACUCACCAGGCCUCUGUUUCAGGUGAUGCUGGAGUGGUUUAAUAGGUCUGGUCCUAUCAGAGGUCUGUAAGGCAGCUUGGUCUGGCUCUGGGUCUGGUGAGGUGUGUGUGUGUCUCUCUGUGUGUGUGUGUAGCUCCGUGUCUCUCUCUCUCUCUCUGUGAGUGUGUGUGUGUUUGUGUGUGUGUUUGUGUGUGUGUGAGAGCUUUGCAAAUUCAUUUCUUAGAACAAAGCGCUGCCAGAUAAUCAAAAGCAUUAAACCCCAGGUGUCUGCCAGAUAAAGCAUUAAACCCCAGGUGUCUGCCAGAUAAUCAAAAGCAUUAAACCCCAGGUGUCUGCCAGAUAAAGCAUUAAACCCCAGGUGUCUGCCAGAUAAUCAAAAGCAUUAAACCCCAGGUGUCUGCCAGAUAAUCAAAAGCAUUAAACCCCAGGUGUCUGCCAGAUAAAGCAUUAAACCCCAGGUGUCUGCCAGAUAAAGCAUUAAACCCCAGGUGUCUGCCAGAUAAAGCAUUAAACCCCAGGUGUCUGCCAGAGGUUUGUCAAGCCCAGCGGCAACCUUCUAACACAGCUCUGACCGCUACAUGACAAGAGAUUCCUGGUAACCAUUUGGAUAUCCCAUAUUUCCCCCACAACCCUGCAAUUUGUUCUGCUUGGUUAAGCCCAGAAGGUUCCGGAGGCCCAAUGUUUGUGAGUGAUUUAACGGACGACUGAGGCACCCAGAGUAGCUGUCACCAUGGUGAGGUCACCACGGAGCUGGACCCUGGUGACACCGAUCUGGGUUGCCUUGACAACUUGUAAUGCAUUUGAUGAUGCCCAGUGGUGACUUGGGGGAGGAGGGCUGUUGACAUAGGCAUGGAGGCAUGACGUGUGCCUAAAUAUUACAGCUUGAUUUGUAGCUGUUUCAAAAAGUGCAUUGGAAUUUGACUUUUAAUCACGAAUUUAAUUACGUUUGUUAACGACUGAUGUGGUUAUAUAAUGGGGUCAAACCCCUAUACUGGAGUUUAAAACCCUGCCUUAGCCAUGUUUGUAAACAUGAAAAAAGAGGGACGUUUUAUUAGUGUUGCAUGUUUGUUAAUCAAUCUAAAAAGAACACAGGAGUGACAUCACUUAGACACCAGCUCUUUGAAGUUCUCUUUUGGAACAGUCUGUAAAAGGAUCUCUGUGUUUAUAAGCAAGUCUUCUCCCCUUUGUGACGGUAAACACAAUCCCAGCCAGCGUCCUACGUCCUCCUCUCUCUCUGUGUGUGGCCGAGCCUGCACCACACACUAGAAGCUGCCUGGCCUGCCCUCCUUAGAACAAGCGCACAGCUCUGACUCCUCGCCUGUUCAAUGCCAGGGACCUUGAUCACAGGGCACUCUGGGAAUUCCAGCCCACCGUGUUUGACAGAGUAGGUCAAAGCUGGUGUUAUCCACUGAUACAGGGUCAGGUCUUUUUUUUUCCAGCCCUGGAUCGGAGGUAGCUGGUUGGGUAAUCUGAUCCUAGAUCUGUGGUUAAAGGUGAUUUGUACCUCGACAGUGUUGACAGUUGCCCCUUGUGAUAAUGCAGUCCCAGUUCCCAACUUCUCACAGAGACCUGAUUACUUGGCUUGGCUCCAGACAGCCUGUAAAUCUGUAGAUACACACUGUUUGACUGUUUCAUCAAACCAUAUGGCAUUUGUGUGUCAAAUCCACCCCAACAUGUACUCCAAUCAACCUCUUCUUUGGUGAACUACAGGGAUUUCACAGUCAUCUUUCCACAACACGUCACAAUCUAUUUCAUGGGAUUUGACAGUGUUUAUGCCUACUUUCCCAGUGAUGAGAUAUUGUCUACCAGCCUGAAUAUUGCUUAACAGCCUGAAUGACAGAUUAUGGAAUGUUGUUGCUCAGGUCAAUGAUCUCUCGCCUAAUCUGUUGAGAAACCUUUUUAAGUUUGUUUCACGAUACGAUUCACAAAGUACAGUAAGACCGUUACCAAUGGACCAGUGGAGACAAAGAUCUUAAGAGUCUCGUAUGGAAAGGCUAAGAAGCGAUGAAGCAGCAGUGUAAUCUUCACUCAGUGAAAUAAUGGCUUCUGACUGCAGCUGAACACUUCUCAUGAAACAUGGUCUCUCCCAUAGCUGCAUCGUUGGGGAAAAUCUGCCUUUUGACGUGGGAAUGCAGGAGGCUUUGACUAACUGUGUGAAAGGACAUACCUUACUACUUACAGGACAUUUAUCUCAUCUUAGUUGUCAUUUUGAAACUAUGAAUUGAGCUCUGGCUCUUCUGAAUAGGUAAUUAUUUCUAAAUUAGCAGAUGGAGUAAAGCCACAGUCUAAAUGUGCUGUCAAAUCAGACACUUCUCAGUCAAAUAGAAUCUGACAAUAGGAGUGAUCCCAUACUGAACAGAAAUACGUUACGGAGAAACACAUCUAAUCUAAGUGAUUGCUCUAUUUCCCAGGGGUUUGAUGGGAAUGAUGGGUACCCUGGUCCAGCUGGCGAGAGAGGAGAGAAGGUACGACUGAUGAAUGUAGACCUCUGAUAUCCUGUGUAGUGAUUGUAAAAAAGGGCUUCUUGAAUAACAUGGGAUUUAAUUCGAUUGAAACAUUUUCUUUGACAGGGUGAGCCGGGUCUGAGCGGAACACAUGGACCAAAGGUAAAGUUUGAGUCACGCUACUCCAUUACUCCCCAACCUAGAAGUGACCCUAAAAACCACAUCGGCUUUUAACCACUAAUCAACCCAAAUACAGCUGGUCCCCAUAUAUGAAGCCAGGGAUAAUUACUGCUAAUAAACAGAACCAAAUAAAUAGAAGACUGUAUGCUCCAAAAACAACAUCUAGCCCCUUCUCCAUCAGUGUAUGCAGAUCUGAAGGAAAAGAUUGGUCUAAGCUACUGUGAUGCCUCCACCUAGCCUUCCAAUGGGCUUAGUGGGAGUCUCCUCCAUAAUACUUAGACCAAUCCAGUUCCUUCACAUAUGCAAACACAGGCGUUGUAAUAAUGUAUGCUGCUUGAGGUGGUUUUUGGACUGAACCAUUUGUGUUUCUCUCACAGGGGGAGCCAGGUGCUGCAGGGUUCCCAGGUCUGCCCGGCUCAGAGGGACCAGAGGGGAAGCCGGGCCUGAGGGGGCCCCCUGGGCUACCGGGACCCCCAGGACGGGGCUUCAGCUUGGACCUGGAGGUAUGAUUUCACUCAACUCAGCUGUCCUGUCUGUUAGAGGGUCAUCAACACACUCUACAUAUGUUGCAUUCUUAUCUCACCCUCUCGCUUCGCCUCUACCUCUCUGCCAAUGUGUAUCACCCACCUUAGUGAUGCCCGGCGGCCAUUUUGUGCCCGAUGGCUCAUUACCAAUCAAUCAAUCAAUCAAUUUUAUUUUAUAUAGCCCUUCUUACAUCAGCUAAUAUCUCGAAGUGCUGUACAGAAAUCCAGUACCACACACCAGUUGUCAUUGACUGUAUGCUGUUUGCACGACACAAAGGGAUCUGGGGAACUGGGUGGCUUUGGGGCAGUGAUGCCCAGAAGUAUUCAGGUUCGAACACAAAGAGUGGUUUUUUUAUGGACCUGCUGGGACUUUUUUGCUCAUAAGUAUUAUAUUAAUAUGAAAAUAAGUAUGAUUCAUUUUUAUCUGGUGCUUUCCACAGGGUCCUAUUGAGAUACCUGGCCCUCCAGGACCUAAGGUAGGUCUUCUAUCACUGACAUAGUGUCUUUACUCCAUGUACCUAUCAGGAAAUGUUUUAACAAUAUCAUGUCCCAUCAUUGAAAUAAAUUGACUAUGCUAAACGCUAACUAUGGGAGGCAGCUACUCUCGAAAACACACUUCAGCCUGACAUCAAAGUCAACGUACACUUGCCGUCGGCUGUCUUUUCAUGACCCUUGGAUGUUCGCAUGUAUGUUAGACACAGUAGUCUGUAUAUGUUAGACACAGUAGUCUGUAUAUGCUAGACACAGUAGUCUGUAUAUGUUAGACACAGUAGUCUGUAUAUGCUAGACACAGUAGUCUGUAUAUGUUAGACACAGUAGUCUGUAUAUGCUAGACACAGUAGUCUGUAUAUGCUAGACACAGUAGUCUGUAUAUGCUAGAAACAGUAGUCUGUAUAUGCUAGAAACAGUAGUCUGUAUAUGUAGGGACAAACGUAGUUUUCUGUAUAUGUUAGACACCAGAGUCUGUAUAUGGUUUAACACAGUAGUCAUGGUAUAUGUUAGGACACAGUAGUUCUGUAUAUGUUAGACACAGUAGUCCUGUAUAUGCUAGACACAGUAAGUCGUUAUAGGCUAGACACAGUAGUAGUCUGUAUAUGCUCGACAACAGUAGUCCAUAUAUGUUAGACACAGUAGUCUGUAUAUGUUAGACACAUUAGAUCUUAUAUGUUAGACACAGUAGUCUGUAUACGUUAGACACAGUAGUCUGUAUUGUUAACACUAUCUGUAAAUGUUAACCACAGUAGUCUGUAUAAUGCUAGAAACAGUAGUCUGUAGAUGUUUAGACACAGUAGGCUGUAAUAUCUAGACACAGUAGUCUGUAUAUGCUAGAACAGUAUUGUCUAUGCUAGACACAGUAGUCUGGAGAUGUUAACACAGUAGUCUGUAAAUAUCUAACACAUAGUCUUAUAUGCUAGAAACAUAGUCUGUAAUGCUAAAACAGUAGUCUGUAUAUGUUAGACACAGUAAUCCUUGGUGUGAAGUGUAACUCACUUGUUUCACCACUAAGUGUGGUAAAGACACACAUCUCCUUAUCUAGAAGGCCCCUUGUUGACUUUCUACUGCUCACCACUUAAAGUAUCAAUCAUAUGAAUCAUAGAAUCAACCAAGUAAUACAAGUGUAUUGGAUCAUAGGAUCGAAAUCUUACAAUAUUUAUAAUGUGCUUCAAGUGGUCCUAGCUAACAAUUAAAUAAUCUGUGGCAUAUGUGACCGUGAAGCUUUCACUGCACACAAUAUGCUGUAACUAUGUUGGUAUUGUAGUGAGUGUGCAUGUUCUUGUGUUCAUUUCUAUUUGAUAAAUGCUGGUGGCACUACAUGUUCUGUGUGUCAGAAUAUGUGGUUCCACAUACCUGUAAAAGGUCCCCAUACUGACGGCCAUUUUGUUUCUCCACAGGGUGAAGACGGGCAGGACGGGCUUCCUGGUGUAGCGGUAAAGGUGGGUCCUCCUUACUCAACGGGUUCUAUCCUCAGACAGGAAGUGCAGACUUCUUACUACCCCGCUAAUUUCCAAUGAAUUCCUCUCUGACACACACAGGGAGGGCCAGAGAUGGCCAUCUUGCUUUUUAACCCUCUCAGGGACUGCAUCCCCACCACCAGCAGUUCCCAAAGCACUAAGCAUCUAUGCCCUAGUGAUAUUCCCAACUGUAGAUGUGAUUUAGGAAAGAGUAAUUUGCCUGCGAUAUUCUCAUUAAGAUAAAGAGGUUUUCAGAAGUCUCACUCAUUGAUGAGGUCUACUAUUAUAGUUACUCAGAUGAGGUGGUUGGAAUGGUUCCCCUAUUUUGGGCUAUGCUAUGUGGGUGGGUCACUCACUGGCAUCUAAAGGUGGUCUAAAACCAUCCCCUCAUCCAUUUCCUCUGUGUUCCUCUAGGGGGAGCCUGGUGCUCCAGGAGCAGCCGGGGCCUCUGGGCUGGAUGGACUGCCAGGGCAUACGGUCAGUACUUUACCUACCUUUUACUGUCCAAUUCAAUCCCUCUCGUUUUUUUUUUGUUGCCUUUCCUUUCAAAUGUGUUUUGAUUUUAUAGUAUUCUAAUCUGUCUUUAUCUUCUAUACAGUUGCUGCUGUAGGUUCAUCAUAAAACGGUCUCAGGUCUCAGUUCUGUUUUGUCAUGAUAGUGUUUGCCCUUUCUUCCAUGCAGGGAGCGAAGGGGGACCAAGGUGACAUGGGACCAAAGGUACAGUAUCACUCCUCCUGACUCCAUACAUGUUCAUCUUUUAUGAGACCGUCUAUUUCUGCUGGCCUUCUGGAGCCAAUCAGGCUGGCCCUGUUCUUGGUUCAUCUAACCCUGUGUUCUGUUGUGUGUGUGUGUGUGUGUGUGUGUGUCAGGGAGAGAGAGGUCGGGACGGCCUCAGUUUCCCUGGCCCUACAGGACCUCCUGGGCCUUCGGGACCAGUUAUCAACCUCCAGGAUGUAAGUGGAUGUUAUAAAGUAAUCAGUGGCGGCUCCUGAAAAAAUUCUCAGGGGGGGCAAUUUUUCUGAUGAUUUAGGUGACCUACACACAUUUUAAAAAAGAUAUGUCCAGCAACAACAUGAAGACAGGGGCAGCAUAUAAGUCAAUACCAGAAGCAUUUAUUGACUGAUCUCAAAAGUGUUGGCUUACAAAAGCAAAAUAAGUUAUCACAGUAAAAAUAAUCAAGGGUGUUCUUUCACAUUCCUCAACACUGCAUAAACAAUAUGCAUUUCCAUAAAACACCUCAGCUAAUUGUGCCACAAAGUUGACAAGUCCAAGAAAAAUACCAGGGUUGGUGGAGCCCUCAGUUUCAUCUUUGCCUCGCAAAGCUAACUCAAACACUCCGCAAAACUUCACACACUGGAUUAGCCGGCUGAGGAUGUGGCGGUUCUUGCUAACCUCAUCGUUGUGGCGGCGGACAGCUAGCCUGUAUCCCUCAUCCAGUUGAGUGGCAAUGUUCACUCUCCCCAAAGCAGACAAUCUCAAACAGCUAUCCAUGUGGGUCUUUGACAGCUCAUGUUUCUUAAUCUUUUCUGAAAGAUGGUGCAUGUUCGUUACACCAGUCGCUGUCCAAGCGGUGCUGUCUGCCGUGCCGCCUUCAGGGUGAAAGAGUAAGCAGGGGUAGCAGAAGACUGCAUUAGCUACAUCGCAGCCUGCUAGCCAGGUUUUUCGUUCGUACCAAUUUUUGGAAAAUCCUCGGGUGUAGGACUUUCCCCCUUUAGUAGAAACCUGUUGAAUUAUUAAAUUUGGUCUGGGAGGUCCUAAUUGUUUCGUUGCCAAUUUAUCUUGAUUUGUUCGCCGACAAAAAGGAACUUCUUUCAAAGAGACAAUCGAGUUGCACUGAACGCUAGCCAUCUUGACAGUAGUACGUGAAUUGAUUGACGCUGCUACCCGCUCUUUUCUUAGUUACGUUCAUGGUUAUGUUACGUAUGACGAAAGCGCGUAAGUGCAAGCCCUCCCGGAACCCAUAGAGAUUGUAUUGAAAGCUCUGAUAUUUGAAAAAAAUAGAUUUUACAUGAGAGUCUAUGAGAGACUUCUGGGGCGAUUUUCAACCUGACUGAAAUCGCCCCAAAAGGGGCGGGGCCAUUUGAAGCACGACUUUAGCCUGAUUGGACAUUUAGUGGCAGAUCAGACGUCUAGAUUAGAACACUGAUAACUACUGUUGCCGUGAUAUAAUUGAUUAGAAAAAAAAUCCCUUCCUUUUCCCGUUUGACAGUGCGUCGCCCAUAUCGCCCUAAUGAACACACCGCCCCUGAAAGUAAUUACAAGUUAUUAAAGAGCAAUUACAAGUUAUUAAAGAGCAAUUACAAGUUAUUAAAGAGCAAUUACAAGUUAUUAAAGAGCAAUUACAAGUUAUUAACGACAUUGUUAUCACCCCUACUGAUGAGCUCAGAUAGGAUAAGUUUUAAUGUGGAUGUUGAUGGUGAUGUCACUGCCUCUCCUCUCUGUUGAUGGUGAUGUCACUUCCUCUCCUCUCUGUUGAUGGUGAUGUCACUUCCUCUCCUCUCUGUUGAUGGUGAUGUCACUUCCUCUCCUCUCUGUUGAUGGUGAUGUCACUGCCUCUCCUCUCUGUUGAUGGUGAUGUCACUGCCUCUCCUCUCUGUUGAUGGUGAUGUCACUGCCUCUCCUCUCUGUUGAUGGUGAUGUCACUGCCUCUCCUCUCUGUUGAUGGUGAUGUCACUGCCUCUCCUCUCUGUUGAUGGUGAUGUCACUUCCUCUCCUCUCUGUUGAUGGUGAUGUCACUUCCUCUCCUCUCUGUUGAUGGUGAUGUCACUUCCUCUCCUCUCUGUUGAUGGUGAUGUCACUUCCUCUCCUCUCUGUCCCCCCCCCCAGCUCCUGCUCAACAAUACAGAGGGUGUGUUUAACUUCUCAGGGCUGCUGGAAUCUCAGGGGCCCAGGGUGAGUAGACUUAGGCUUGAGGUGUGUGUGUGUGUGUGUGUGUGUGUGUGUGUGUGUCCACGCGUGUGUGUGUGUGUGUGUGUGUCAGUGCAUUCGUGUUUGUCACAGUAAUAUCCCUCUCUAUCUCCUUCAACAGUGACACAAAGCAGUGUGACUGAUAUGGAGGUUAAUUCUACAGUCUGUAGGUCAUUUUGUUGGAUUCAUUUGGAUCAUGACCGUUUGACAAUGCCUUGAAACAGACUAUUGUUUUUUGUAUGUAUUUGUAUGUCAAUAAUUCAUACGAUAGUAAAACAAAUCAGAUUUUCUCUCUUACUGCUCAGAGGAUCUGUUGGUAGGUUACCAUGGUAUUAUGUCUGUCCUUUCUCUAUUGCAAAAUAUACAGUAUGCGACCCACACUUUUGGGAUGAACUUGACAGUGCACACUUUAUACAGUGCAGUCGGACAGACACUUACUGAUAGGAGAGAGAUACUGUGGUAGUCGAUCAGGGUUCUCAAAUACUAUUCGAGAAGGUCCAGUCACACACAUUUCCAAGGUGGCAAAUGUCCGGAUGGAUAUUCUCCCCAUUAUGCCAUGGAGCGAAGGGAAAAUGUAGCAGUUUUAAAGCUAAUUUCCUGCAAUUCUACAAAUGUGCCAUGUCUUAUGUGUGUUCAUAUGAUAGCAGGAGUCUAAUCCUGACCGAAUUCCUGAGAAAAAAAAAUAUUGACCGGUUCGUAUUGACUCCAUUCUUGGGUCCGGAUCCGGCCUGCUGUCCGCCUAUGAUUAUGGCUGUUGUAGAUGUUCUAGUUGAUUGAUUUAAUUUGGUUAUUUACCUAUGACAUUCCCAGGGGCCGCGUGGUCCAAAGGGGGACUUGGGGAUUCCAGGGAGCAUAGGGCCUCCAGGUUUAAAGGUAAGCGUGUGUGUGUGUGUGUGUGUUACGUGUCUUGGUUUUCGGUUUAAAGGCAUAGUUCUAGAUUUUGGCAAUUAAGCACUUUUUCUACUUACCAGAAUCAGAUGAACUCAUGGAUACCAUUUUUGUGUCUCUGCAUGCAGUUUGAAAGAAGUUGCUCACUAACGUUAGCGCAAUGACAACGUCUACAGCAACAGCUUCCAGUCACUGCGCUAACGCUAGUUAGCAAUGGCUCACAAAACUACCUUCAACUUCCUUCAAACUGCACGCGGAGACAUACAAAUGGUAUCCAUGAGUUCAUCUGACUCUGGGUAAGUAGAAAAAUUGCGCAUCUCUUUAAGAAUUCCACUUGGGUCCCCAUGUGAAAAGGAUACCACUGAAGAGUUGGGCGGCAGGUAGCUUAGUGGUUAAGAGCGUUGUGCCAGUAACCGAAAUGUCACUGGUUCUAAUCCUGAGCCGACUAGGUGAAAAAAUCUGUCAAUGUGCCCUUGAGCAAGGCACUUAACCCUAAUUGCUCCUGUAAGUGGCUCUGGAUAAGAGUGUCUGCUAAAUGACUCAAAAAAUUGGUGCUUGCAACGCCAGGGUUGUGGGUUCGAUUCCCACGGGGGACAAGUACGAAAAUGUACGUGCUCACUAGUGUAAGUCGCUCUGAAUAAGAGCGUCUGCUAAAUUACUAAAAUGUAAUAACACUAUGUGGCAUUUUCUGCACAUCUAAUAUACAGGCUCAAAGGCCUUUUGGGUUUAGAUCAAUUCAAAGUGUGGGAAACUGAACACCAGUGCUUAUGAUUAAAGCUGGGACCCUGGUAGCUGCACUCAGGGCGUUGAUGUGUAAAAGCCUGCUAAUGUGUUCCAGACUGUGCAGCCAUAGAAAAUAUGCUUCAUUCCAGGUCAAUGGAACAACAUGAAUGAGAUUAUUAUCCAAUGUUUUCCUUUCUCUGAGAGGGGCUCAAGGUGCUUCAACAUGCAUGUGGUGCACAUUACCCCUGGGUUUGUGUGUGUGUGUUGGGGGGGGAGGGGGUUGUACUCAUGUGUCUACAGUAUGUAUGUUUGUCAUUUGACUGAAAGUGUCUGUAUGUAUAUCGUCUUAUUGCGCGCCUGUGUUUGCAGGGCGAGAAUGGUGAGCCAGGGGUCAUGGUUGCAGCAGAUGGGUCCAUGAUGUCUGGACUCACAGGGCCACAGGGGCCCAAAGGGAUCAAGGUUAGUCUUACACACGCACACACACACACACUACUUCCUGGGUCAAAGUUCGACAGUUGUGUCAGACACUCACUUUGUGUCUUCACUCUUUCGCAGGGCGAUUGUGGUAUUCCUGGACCAGCCGGAGUUAUGGUAACACUUUAUUGGCUUCUUUAUCCGAUACUAACCCUUUGUAGUAACUUCCACCUCUUCUCCUGUUGUGUUGCAGCAGCUGCUUUCAUUCAAAGUGUUUGUUUUUGGGACCUUUUCAUCAGGCCGAGUGCCUACUCACAAACAGGCCUGCCUCUAGGCCCCCUGUCCAGACAGAGCAUAUUUUCGGGCAAUGUAUCUUCAUCAGGAUGUAUCUUCAUCAGGCUGUAUCUUCAUCAGGAUGUAUCUUUAUCAGCACCUGCACCUGCUGAGGGGUGAAAUACAAAGGGAAACAGUGCUGUUUUUGUUUUUGUUUUGUUUUUUACAGGGUCCCAUUGGGCAGGAAGGACCCAAAGGGGAAUAUGGCUAUCCUGGGCGUCCGGUAAGUACCUCACAUUAUGAUUUGAGAUGUUCUUUUGACAUUGUAGGCUACAAACGAUAACAAUGGCAGUGAGAAUUAUUUAUUCACAUAUAGUGUAUUUUCAAACCCAAGAGCACUCCCUUGGGUUACACAAAUACAGAACACCACAGAGUGUGAUCAUAUUGCCAUCGCUCCAUUGGUGAAGUGGUUUGCCUCUCGCUACAGGGUCGUCCUGGAAUAUUGGGGCGUAAAGGAGACAGAGGAGACGCUGUGGGUGUGUCGGUGAGUUGAACUCUUCUAUCCUCCCUCUUUAGAUGGGUCACGGUCAAAAAGGUUUGAGAACCACUUCACUAGGGCCCCCUAGCCAGAGCCGAACGGUACUGCAGCCAUCUGAAGAUGGCACCCCCUAGCCAGAGCCGAACGGCACUGCAGCCAUCUGAUGGUGGGCACCCCCAUCCAGAGCCAAGACGCACUUGCAGCCAUCUGAUUGUGGCGCCCCCUAGCCAGGCCGACUGUACUGCAGCCAUCUGAUGGUGGCGCCCACUAGCCAGAGCCGAACGGUACUACAGCCAUCUGAUAGUGGCGCCCCCUAGCCAGAGCCGAACGGUACUGCAGCCAUCUGAUGGUGGCGCCCCCUAGCCAGAGCCGAACGGUACUGCAGCCAUCUGAUGGUGGCGCCCACUAGCCACAGCCGAACGGUACUGCAGCCAUCUGAUGGUGGCGCCCCCUAGCCAGACACCGACGCACUGCAGCCAUCUGAUGGUGGCGCCCCCUAGCCAGAGCCGAACGGUACUGCAGCCAUCUGAAGAUGGCACCCCCUAGCCAGAGCCGAACGGUACUGCAUCUGUUUGGUGCCUUGCCACUUUCCAUUCCUUUCCAUUCCAACUCGGCCACCACCAGAUAUUAAACCUAGACCACACAUGGCCUGAACAGCAUGGUUGACAGUCUGUCACCCACUCACCACGCAGCUGUCACCCACUCACCACACAGCUGUCACCCACUCACCACGCAGCUGUCACCCACUCACCACGCAGCUAUCACCCACUCACCACACAGCUGUCACCCACUCACCACGCAGCUGUCACCCACUCACCACGCAGCUAUCACCCACUCACCACGCAGCUGUCACCCACUCACCACGCAGCUGUCACUGACUCACCACGCAGCUGUCACCCACUCACCACGCAGCUGUCACCCACUCACUCACCACGCACCCACCCACUCACCACGCAGCUGUCACCCACUCACCACGCAGCUGUCACCCACUCACCACGCAGCUGUCACCCACUCACUCACCACGCACCCACCCACUCACCACGCAGCUGUCACCCACUCACCACGCAGCUGUCACCCACUCACCAUGCAGCUGUCACCGACUCACCACGCAGUUGCGUCUCAAAGCCAGCUGGUGAAGAUGCCGGUCAACAUGUUGGCAUCGCGGUUAGUCGUUUAACAGCAUACCUAUGCCAGGCCCAUGCCCAAACAACCCCAACAUAUGAUGAAAACAACCAGCUAAUUUAUCGACGGGCUCUUGAAAGCACCCCAUAAAUAAAUAGCUUUUGUUGAAGUUUAAUAAGACAGCUUUCCUCAACAUGUGUCAGAGGUCCCUGGUCCUACCUCAGUGUUCCAUGAUGAUUACUUCCCUGGUCCUACCUCAGUGUUCCAUGAUGAUUACUUCCCUGGCCCUACCUCAGUGUUCCAUGAUGAUUACUUCCCUGGUCCUACCUCAGUGUUCCAUGAUGAUUACUUCCCUGGCCCUACCUCAGUGUUACAUGAUGAUUACUUCCCUGGCCUACCUCAGUGUGAUGAUUACUUCCCUGGUCCUACCUCACUGUGACAUGAUGAUUACUUCCCUGGCCCUACCUCAGUGUGAUGAUUACUUCCCUGGUCCUACCUCAGUGUUCCAUGAUGAUUACUUCCCUGGCCCUACCUCACUGUGAUAAUUACUUCCCUGGCCCUACCUCAGUGUUCCAUGAUGAUUACUUCCCUGGCCCUACCUCAGUGUUCCAUGAUGAUUACUUCCCUGGCCCUACCUCAGUGUGAUGAUUACUUCCUUGGCCCUACCUCAGUGUUCCAUGAUGAUUACUUCCCUGGACCUACCUCCGUGUGAUGAUUACUUCCCUGGCCCUACCUCAGUGUUCCAUGAUGAUUACUUCCCUGGCCCUACCUCAGUGUGAUGAUUACUUCCCUGGUCCUACCUCACUGUGACAUGAUGAUUACUUCCCUGGCCCUACCUCACUGUGACAUGAUGAUUACUUCCCUGGCCCUACCUCAGUGUGAUGAUUACUUCCCUGGUCCUACCUCACUGUGACAUGAUGACUACUUCCCUGGCCCUACCUCAGUGUGAUUACUUCCCUGGCCCUACCUCACUGUGAUGAUUACUUCCCUGGCCCUACCUCACUGUGAUGAUUACUUCCCUGGCCCUACCUCAGUGUGAUGAUUACUUCCCUGGCCCUACCUCAGUGUGAUGAUUACUUCCCUGGUCCUACCUCAGUGUUCCAUGAUGAUUACUUCCCUGGCCCUACCUCACUGUGAUAAUUACUUCCCUGGCCCUACCUCAUUGUUCCAUGAUGAUUACUUCCCUGGCCCUACCUCAGUGUUCCAUGAUGAUUACUUCCCUGGCCCUACCUCAGUGUGAUGAUUACUUCCCUUGCCCUACCUCAGUGUUCCAUGAUGAUUACUUCCCUGGACCUACCUCAGUGUGAUGAUUACUUCCCUGGCCCUACCUCAGUGUUCCAUGAUGAUUACUUCCCUGGCCCUACCUCAGUGUGAUGAUUACUUCCCUGGUCCUACCUCACUGUGAAAUGAUGAUUACUUCCCUGGCCCUACCUCACUGUGACAUGAUGAUUACUUCCCUGGCCCUACCUCAGUGUGAUGAUUACUUCCCUGGUCCUACCUCACUGUGACAUGAUGACUACUUCCCUGGUCCUACCUCAGUGUGAUGAUUACUUCCCUGGCCCUACCUCACUGUGAUGAUUACUUCCCUGGCCCUACCUCACUGUGAUGAUUACUUCCCUGGCCCUACCUCAGUGUUCCGUGAUGAUUACUUCCCUGGCCCUACCUCAGUGUUCCAUGAUGAUUACUUCCCUGGCCUACCUCAGUGUUCCAUGAUCAUUACUUCCCUGGCCCUACCUCAGUGUUCUAUGAUAAUUACUUCCCUGGUCCUACCUCAGUGUUCCAUGAUGAUUACUUCCCUGGCCCUACCUCAGUGUGAUGAUUACUUCCCUGGCCCUACCUCAGUGUUCCAUGAUGAUUACUUCCCUGGCCCUACCUCAGUGUUCCAUGAUGAUUACUUCCCUGGUCCUACCUCAGUGUUCCAUGAUGAUUACUUCCCUGGCCCUACCUCACUGUGAUGAUUACUUCCCUGGCCCUACCUCACUGUGAUGAUUACUUCCCUGGAGACUAACUCAGUGUGAAUGAUUACUUCCCUGGCCUUACCUCACUGUUCCAUGAUGAUUACUUCCCUGGCCCUUACCCAGGUUCAAUGAUGAUUACUUCCCUGGCCCUACUCAGUGUUCCAUGAUGAUUACUUCCCGGCCUUACUCCAGUGAUGAUUACUUCCUGGCCCUACCUCAGUGUUCCAUGAUGAUUACCUUCCCUGGCCCUACUCAGUGUUCAAUGAUGAUACUUCCUGUCCUACCUCAGGGUUCAAUGUGAUUUACUUCCCUGGCCUUACCUCCAUGUGAUGAUUACUUCCCUGGCCCUACCUCACAGUGAUGAUUACUUCCCUGGCCCUACCUCACAGUGAUGAUUACUUCCCUGGCCCUACCUCCGUGUGAUAAUUACUUCCCUGGCCCUACCUCCAUUGAUAAUUACUUCCCUGGUCCUACCUCACUGUGAUGAUAACUUCCAGUGAAGCAACAAUAUGUUGGUUGUUUAAGGUCUGUCUGUGACCUCACUGGCUGACCAGUUUGAACCAAACCUAGCAUACUUGUGGUCAUAUCUGAAGUCCGUGUGUGCAGAUCAAGGGUUGUUUCACUAUGAAGGUUUGUGGAUGAGUGAUUCAGGACCUUGAUCACUCAAAAGUGGAAUGGACUUCUGAACCAGCAUGUUGCCCAUUCAACUCUAAUGGACUACUGAACCAGCAUGUUGCCCAUUCAACUCUAAUGGACUACUGAACCAGCAUGCUGCCCAUUCAACUCUAAUGGACUUCUGAACCAGCAUGCUGCCCAUUCAACUCUAUUGGACUUCUGAACCAGCAUGCUGCCAAUUCAACUCUAUUGGACUUCUGAACCAGCAUGUUGCCCAUUCAACUCUAAUGGACUACUGAACCAGCAUGCUGCCCAUUCAACUCUAAUGGACUUCUGAACCAGCAUGCUGCCCAUUCAACUCUAUUGGACUUCUGAACCAGCAUGCUGCCAAUUCAACUCUAUUGGACUUCUGAACCAGCAUGCUGCCAAUUCAACUCUAUUGGACUUCUGAACCAGCAUGUUGCCCAUUCAACUCUAAUGGACUUCUGAACCAGCAUGUUGCCCAUUCAACUCUAAUGGACUUCUGAACCAGCAAGUUGCCCAUUCAACUCUAAUGGACUUCUGAACCAGCAUGUUGCCCAUUCAACUCUAAUGGACUUCUGAACCAGCAUGUUGCCCAUUCAACUCUAAUGGACUUCUGAACCAGCAUGUUGCCCAUUCAACUCUAAUGGACUUCUGAACCAGCAUGUUGCCCAUUCAACUCUAAUGGACUUCUGAACCAGCAUGUUGCCCGUUCAACUCUAAUGGACUUCUGAACCAGCAUGCUGCCCGUUCAACUCUAAUGGACUACUGAACCAGCAUGUUGCCCAUUCAACUCUAAUGGACUUCUGAACCAGCAUGCUGCCCAUUCAACUCUAUUGGACUUCUGAACCAGCAUGCUGCCCAUUCAACUCUAUUGGACUUCUGAACCAGCAUGUUGCCAAUUCAACUCUAAUGGACUUCUGAACCAGCAUGUUGCCCAUUCAACUCUAAUGGACUUCUGAACCAGCAUGUUGCCCAUUCAACUCUAAUGGACUUCUGAACCAGCAUGUUGCCCAUUCAACUCUAAUGGACUUCUGAACCAGCAUGUUGCCCGUUCAACUCUAAUGGACUACUGAACCAGCAUGCUGCCCGUUCAACUCUAAUGGACUUCUGAACCAGCAUGCUGCCCGUUCAACUCUAAUGGACUUCUGAACCAGCAUGCUGCCCAUUCAACUCUAAUGGACUUCUGAACCAGCAUGCUGCCCAUUCAACUCUAAUGGACUUCUGAACCAGCAUGCUGCCCAUUCAACUCUAAUGGACUUCUGAACCAGCAUGUUGCCCGUUCAACUCUAAUGGACUUCUGAACCAGCAUGUUGCCCAUUCAACUCUAUUGGACUUCUGAACCAGCAUGUUGCCCAUUCAACUCUAUUGGACUUCUGAACCAGCAUGUUGCCCAUUCAACUCUAAUGGACUUCUGAACCAGCAUGUUGCCCAUUCAACUCUAAUGGACUUCUGAACCAGCAUGCUGCCCAUUCAACUCUAAUGGACUUCUGAACCAGCAUGUUGCCCAUUCAACUCUAAUGGACUUCUGAACCAGCAAGUUGCCCAUUCAACUCUAAUGGACUUCUGAACCAGCAUGUUGCCCAUUCAACUCUAAUGGACUUCUGAACCAGCAUGCUGCCCAUUCAACUCUAAUGGACUUCUGAACCAGCAUGCUGCCCAUUCAACUCUAAUGGACUUCUGAACCAGCAUGUUGCCCAUUCAACUCUAAUGGACUUCUGAACCAGCAAGUUGCCCAUUCAACUCUAAUGGACUUCUGAACCAGCAUGCUGCCCAUUCAACUCUAAUGGACUUCUGAACCAGCAUGUUGCCCAUUCAACUCUGAUGGUGAUCCUAAUAUUUUCCUCUCUGUCGUUCUCCCUCUCUAAUAUUUUCCUCUCUGUCGUUCUCCCUCUCUGUUCUCAGGGACCCCCUGGCCCUCCCGGACCCCCGGGACGUCCCGGAAUGUUCAACUGCCCCAAAGGAGUAAGUAUGAACCCCCCCCCCUUUUCAGUAAAGGUUCAAAUCCAGGUCUUGUGACAUGUUUGUGACUUGGGAGGCCAAAUAAAAUCACCCUCGGGCCAAAUUCUGGGACCCUGCCCAACUCCCUUCCUAUAUCCAUGUUUGUCCAUGUCAUUUGUAGCUCACUGUCCCCUUCUUUCGUUUUUUGAAGACAGUUUUUCCCGUCCCUCCCAGACCGCACUGCAAAAAGGCCGUAAGUGACUGACAGACAUUGCAGCUCUGGGCAGGCUGAGCUCAGGCCUGUCUGUCUGUCUGUCUGUCUGUCUGUGUGGGGCAUUUUUUCCUCUCUCUCUCACACACACACACACACACACACACACACACUGUAUUUGUCUCUCUCUCGCUCUGCCUUAGCCACUUGUUCACUCUGUGGUGUAUUCGUCACUUCUCCAUCGUAAAAGGGGAAUGUGCAUGUUGCAUCCAUGGUCCCUAACCUAUUCCAGGUGAGAACAGAGGAUCUCUCCUAGCAUGCUGCAUGUUUUCUCUUCCAUAGGGGUUGGUCUUCAUGGGGAAGACACUAACACAAUUGAGGAUGGUCCCCAAGACUGAAUAUUACAUUAUAAUAUAUUUUAUUUUGACUUGCUGAGAGCAGAUUUACUUGUGUCUAAAGCAAUUGAUGUUAACAGUUUCUAUUGAGGUCUGUCUUUAACUGGUAUUUGGUGAAACACUGUCAUUUUCAAUUAUAUCCAUUCAGAUUAUAUAACCAUGUAAUUGUUUUGUAAAUACCAGGUUAAUAGUGUUCUAAAAUACAACAUAACCAAAUGAAUGUACUUACUAUGUAAGGUCUUUCAGAAAUUAGAUAAGCCAAACGUGAUUUGUCUUUCCUGUCUUUCAUGGGGUCUUUAUCCACGGUGCUGGUGGUUACUGCCACGUUUCACCCUUCUUACCCUCCAUUUUGUUACAGAUACAUUAACUCAUUCACUGUGACCUCUGAAUCUGUGAAUGUAUCAUCACAACAUAUUAUAACAUAUUAUAUCUAUCAUAUUGUAUUAGUUGGUCUGAAAUGCAUGAUGUGAAGUUUCCAAACAGUCACAUCACUGUUCCUUCCAUACGCCCUGUUCUUGUUUCUGUUCAGGAAGUCCAAUAGCUCUCAUGUCUUUUAAACAUGUUUGUUUCACUUUGGCAGAUAAAUGGUUCUGAGAAUUCAACAAAUGGUGAGUUGAAGGACUUUCUGGAUGUGACAUCACAUGACCUGUUAUUUGUUUGUUGACAUGGAAGCGUCUAUUGGUCACUUUAUGGUAAGUACUAAUAUUACACACAACAUAAGAUUUCCGAGACUGAUGUCGGAGACCUGCUGCAUCAAAUACAACAUAUAAAAUAGCAAAUACACGACAUAACGUUCAACAUUGUCUGUCGUUAUUUUGUUGCGAGGUCUUCUCUUUCAUGACUGCCUAAUGCUUAACUGUUGUUCCUUAUCUGACCUGUAGGGGGGGCUGACUGUCUUCCAUCUGGGACCAAAGGGGACAAGGGGGAGAGGGGCUUCCCUGGGAUGCCUGCCCCGCCACGUGAGUCAUAUUGGAUGGAUGGAUGGAUGGAUGGAUGGAUGGAUGGAUGGAUGGAUGGAUGGAUGGAUGGAUGGAUGGAUUGAUGGAUCACUGUUUACCUAACAGCAUUAUUUUGUUCUGUUUUUGAUAUAAAUAAUGGAUAUUGUAAUCUGUCAUAAUGACACACAGGCAUUAUUCAUGUAGACAGGUUAUUAUCUUUAAUAAUCAAUGGAUGUUGUGUUUUUCCUACAGUCACAAUGCUUCCCAAAGGAACUAUGGUAAGUUGAGUAGGUGGCGUGUGUGUGUGUGUGCGUGCGUGCGUGCGUGUGUGUGUGCUUACCUCUCACAGUUUGUGUGUCUGUCUGUCCACAGGGCAAUAAAGGGGACCAGGGCUUCACGGGGGAGAAGGGGGAGGCCGGGUUACCGGGCCCACCUGGUAUGCCUGGGACAUCUGGAAUGGUGGUGAGUCUCAUUCCCAUGGAGACCACAUGCUCCCGAAGCCAAGCCCGCCCACCACAGCUUUGACCAAUUACACUUACAGAGAAGGUCACCAUACAACAGACACAUGAGAUAGUACAUAAUCAGUGUCAUCUUAAUUUGAGGGCGUUAUUACAGUCCCUGACCUCUUUCGAUGGUGUGCUAGAUAGCCAAAGAAUGUUUGGUUGGUUUCAGUUGAGCUUAAUUGCUGCACGAGAGGAUUUACGUCUGAAAUUAGGCAUUUUGGUUGUGUGAGUAGUGAGGAUUUCGAUUUUUUGGCCGCGGUGGCAAAAUACUGAAUUUACAUUAAAGGGAAUACAAGUCGUGUACAAUUGUUUUCAAAUUCUUUCAAAUUCAGAUGCCGCAUGAAACAAUAGGUGAUAUUUCCUACUUGCUGCAUUUAAAUAAACCACAAAGAGUCACGGGGUUCAAUAAGUCACUAUGUUCUAUGAACAUUAAUUACACGUACAAUUACUGGAGAUGAAGCACUGGGUUUGUUUCAGGGCCCUAAAGGAGAAACUGUUAUGGGGCCCCCUGGCCAUCCAGGCGUUCCGGGGUCUCCUGGUACUCCAGGGUAUGGGAGACCUGGCCCCCAAGGGCCUCCCGGAACCCCCGGAGCACCCUCUCCAGGUAAGAUUUGUGGCACCCUUUGUGAAAUUUGCUGUAUGGUGUAAUAUGCUGACUAGCUUCGCAUAAUAAAAUAUUACCGUUGUUUGUCUCCCAUUUCUGUAAUUCCAGCUGUGACCAUCCCUGGGCCUCCAGGCCCCACUGGCCCGGCUGGACCUCCUGGGGCCUCUGCCGUGGUGAGUCAGUCCUCCGUUAUGCCGUCACUUAUCCGCCCCGUCACGUCAUAAUGUCAUCCCGUCAUACCAUCAAUUGUCAAUCCUGUUACAUCAUUUACAUUUUUAGUCAUUUUAGCAGACACUCUUAUCCAGAGCUACUUACAGGAGCAAUUAGGGUUAAGUGCCUUGCUCAAGGGCACACCGACAGAUUUUUCACCUAGUUGGCUCGGGAUUAGAACCAGCAACCUUUCGCUGGCACAACGCUCUUAACCACUAAACUACCUGCCGCCCCUUACGUCAUGUCAUCCCUGUUACGUAAUCACACGUCAGCUCCGUCAUCAAAUAACCGCAGACACACUAGAGAUAAAAUGACUGUCCUCUCCUCAAUCACUCUGGCCAGUGUCUCCCAAACAAUUACAGUGUUAUAAACGGUGAUAGAUAUUUCCUUCCAGUCUCAAAAGGUGCUUCUCUCCUCUGUUUUCCUUUAGAUGGAGACGUUUCCUUCCAGCGAGGUCAUGAUGCAACGGACGAUGAACAGCAGAGAGGGGACCCUGAGCUUCAUCACCACGGGGACAGGCAAACUCUACAUCCGGGUGCAAGAGGGAUGGAAGGAGGUCCUGGUACAGUAGCAUUUCUGGUCCCUCUACUCCAGUGUCUCUGGUCCCUCUCCUCAUGUGUCUCUGGUCCCUCUCCUCCUGUGUCUCUGGUCCCUCUCCUCCUGUGUCUCUGGUCCCUCUCCUCAUGUGUCUCUGGUCCCUCUCCUCUUUUGUCUCUGGUCCUCCUCCUCCUGUUCUCUGGUCCUUCCUCCUGUGUCUCUGGUCCCUCCCUCUAUGUGUCUCUGGUCCCUUUCCUCCUGUGUCUCUGGUCCCUCUCCUCUAUGUGUCUCUGGUCCCUCUCCUCCUGUGUCUCUGGUCCCUCUCCUCUAUGUGUCUCUGGUCCCUUUCCUCCUGUGUCUCUGGUCCCUCUCCUCUAUGUGUCUCUGUCCUCUCCUCUAGUGUCUCUGGUCCCUUCCUCCUGUGUCUCUGGUCCCUCUCCUCCUGUGUCUCUGGUCCCUCUCCUCAUGUGUCUCUGGUCCCUUUCCUCUCCUGUUCUCUGUCUUGGUCCCUCUCCUCAUGUGUCUCUGGUCCCUUCCUCCAUGUGUCUCUGGUCCCUUCCUCCUGUGUCUCUGGUCCCUCUCCUCUAUGUCUCUGGUCCCUCCUCCGUCUUGUUCCUCUGGUGCCCUUCCUCCUGUGUCUCUGGUCCCUCUCCUCCUGUGUCUCUGGUCCCUUCUUCCUCUCCUGUGUCUCUGGUCCCUCUCCUCUAUGUGUCUCUGGUCCCUCUCCUCCUUGUGUCUCUGGUCCCUUUCCUCCUGUGUCUCUGGUCCCUCUCCUCUGUGUCUCUGGUCCCUCUCCUCUUGUGUCUCUGGUCCCUCUCCUCUAGUGUCUCUGGUCCCUUCCUCCUGUGUCUCUGGUCCCUCUCCUCCUGUGUCUCUGGUCCCUCUCCUCCUGUGUCUCUGGUCCCUCUCUGUUCUGGUCCCUUCCUCUGUGUCUCUGGUCCCUCUCCUCUGUGUCUCUGGUCCCUCUCCUCCAUGUGUCUCUGGUCCCUCUCCUCCUGUGUCUCUGGUCCCUCUCCUCCUGUGUCUCUGGUCCCUCUCCUCCUGUGUCUCUGGUCCCUCUCCUCCUGUGUCUCUGGUCCCUCUCCUCCUGUGUCUCUGGUCCCUCUCCUCUAUGUGUCUCUGGUCCCUCUCCUCCUGUGUCUCUGGUCCCUCUCCUCUGUUUGUCUCCUGUGUCUCCUGGUCCCUCCUGUGUCUCUGGUCCCUCUCCUCUGUGUCUCUGGUCCCUUCCUCCUGUGUCUCUGGUCCUUCCUCUUGUCUCUGGUCCUUCUGUGUCUCUGGUCCCUCUCCUCAUGUGUCUCUGGUCCCUCUCCUCUUGUGUCUCUGGUCCCUCUCCUCCUGUGUCUCUGGUCCCUUCCUCUGUGUCUCUGGUCCCUCUCCUCUGUGUCUCUGGUCCCUCUCCUCUGUGUCUCUGUCCUCCUUGUGCUCUGGUCCCUCUCCUCCUUGUCUCUGGUCCCUCUCCUCCUGUGUCUCUGGUCCCUCUCCUCUAUGUGUCUCUGGUCCCUCUCCUCCAUGUGUCUCUGGUCCCUCUCCUCUAGUGUCUGCCUCUCCUGGUCCCUCUCCUCUUGUCUCUGGUCCCUCUCCUCCUGUGUUCUCUGGUCCCUCUCCUCUGUGUCUCUGGUCCCUCUCCUCCUGUCUCUGGUCCCUCUCCUCUGUGUCUCUGGUCCUCUCUCCUGUGUCUCUGGUCCCUCUCCUUAUGUGUCUCUGGUCCCUACUCCUAUGUGUCUCUGGUCCUUCCUCCUGUGUCUCUGGUCCUCUCCUCUGUGUCUACUGGUCCUCUCCCAUGUGUCUUGGUCCCUCUCCCUGGUCCUGGUCCCUCUCCCUGUGUCUUGGUCCUUUUCUCGUCCUGGUUUCCGUGUCUCUGUCCUCUCUCCAUUGAUCAUGUGUUCUUGGUCCUGUACUCUAUUUAGGUCCUUAUGCUGUUCUCUGGUCCUGUUUCCUUGGUAACUUGUCCCUACUCCAUGGUCAAUAUGGUCGUUUUCCCCCUAGGCUAGCAGGCAACCGCCAGAAGAUAUGGGGUACGUUUGUUGACAAAAGGACAAGAUUGACUAAGCGUUUGCGCCUGUGCAAAGUUAGCUGUUGUUAUUUCAUAGUGGAACAAUAACGUUUUUUAAAACCUUCUUUAUUUACUAACUUUGCACGGGAGCCAAGAAACAGUCAAUCAAAAUACAUUAUUUAAACUGUCUGCUUCCUAGUUAGUAGCUAGACAACUUAUAGAUACAAAAAUAAGAGUAGAGUGGAUAGAGUGGAAAAAGUUUGAAAUUGAACCUUAAGCCAAACCAAGUCUGGCCACAAAAUGAGCUGGAGUCAAAAUGGGAUUUAGCAGUGGUUAAGGGAAUUCCACUUUUAGACUAAAUUACUAUCCGUGUGCUGUCAUUGAAGGACAGCCCUAGGCAGGCCAGGUUUGGGUUUUAGAGAUUUAGAUUUCACAUUUCACAGUAGCUGACAGUCCAUGCUGUACCAGUAGCUGACAGUCCGUUCUGUACCAGUAGCAGACAGUCCGUUCUGUACCAGUAGCUGACAGUCCAUUCUGUACCAGUAGCUGACAGUCCAUUCUGUACCAGUAGCUGACAGUCCGUUCUGUACCAGUAGCUGACAGGCCAUUCUGUACCAGUAGCUGACAGUCCAUUCUGUACCAGUAGCUGCCAGUCCAUUCUGUACCAGUAGCUGACAGUCCGUUCUGUACAGUAGCUGACAGUCCAUUCUGUACCAGUAGCUGACAGUCCAUUCUGUACCAGUAGCUGACAGUCCAUUCUGUACCAGUAGCUGACAGUCCGUUCUGUACCAGUAGCUGACAGUCCGUUCUGUACCAGUAGCUGACAGUCCAUUCUGUACCAGUAGCUGACAGUCCGUUCUGUACCAGUAGCUGACAGUCCGUUCUGUACCAGCAGGUGACAGGCCAUUCUGUACCAGUAGCUGACAGUCCGUUCUGUACCAGCAGCUGACAGUCCAUUCUGUACCAGUAGCUGCCAGUCCAUUCUAUACCAGUAGCAGACAGUCCAUUCUGUACCAGUAGCUGACAGUCCGUUCUGUACCAGUAGCAGACAGUCCAUUCUGUACCAGUAGCUGACAGUCCAUUCUGUACCAGUAGCAGACAGUCCAUUCUGUACCAGUAGCAGACAGUCCAUUCUGUACCAGUAGCUGACAGUCCGUUCUUUACCAGUAGCUGACAGUCCGUUCUGUACCAGUAGCAGACAGUCCGUUCUGUACCAGUAGCAGACAGUCCGUUCUGUACCAGUAGCUGCCAGUCCGUUCUGUACCAGUAGUUGCCAGUCCGUUCUGUACCAGCAGCUCCCAGUCCAUUCUGUACCAGUAGCUGCCAGUCCGUUCUGUACCAGCAGCUCCCAGUCCAUUCUGUACCAGUAGCUGCCAGUCCGUUCUGUACCAGCAGCUCCCAGUCCGUUCUGUACCAGUAGCAGACAGUCCAUUCUGUACCAGUAGCUGACAGUCCAUUCUGUACCAGUAGCUGCCAGUCCGCUCUGUACCAGUAGCUGACAGUCCGUUCUGUACCAGUAGCUGACAGUCCGUUCUGUACCAGCAGCUGACAGGCCAUUCUGUACCAGUAGCUGACAGUCCGUUCUGUACCAGCAGCUGACAGUCCAUUCUGUACCAGUAGCUGCCAGUCCAUUCUAUACCAGUAGCAGACAGUCCAUUCUGUACCAGUAGCUGACAGUCCGUUCUGUACCAGUAGCAGACCGUCCAUUCUGUACCAGUAGCUGACAGUCCAUUCUGUACCAGUAGCAGACAGUCCGUUCUGUAUCAGUAGCUGACAGUCCAUUCUGUACCAGUAGCUGACAGUCCAUUCUGUACCAGUAGCUGACAGUCCAUUCUGUACCAGUAGCUGACAGUCCGUUCUGUACCAGUAGCUGACAGUCCAUUCUGUACCAGUAGCUGACAGUCCAUUCUGUACCAGUAGCUCCCAGUCCGUUCUGUACCAGUAGCUCCCAGUCCGUUCUGUACCAGUAGCUGACAGUCCGUUCUGUACCAGCAGCUGACAGUCCAUUCUGUACCAGCAGCUGACAGUCCAUUCUGUACCAGUAGCUCCCAGUCCGUUCUGUACCAGUAGCUCCCAGUCCGUUCUGUACCAGUAGCUGACAGUCCGUUCUGUACCAGCAGCUGACAGUCCAUUCUGUACCAGCAGCUGACAGUCCAUUCUGUACCAGCAGCUGACAGUCCAUUCUGUACCAGUAGCUGACAGUCCGUUCUGUACCAGUAGCUGACAGUCUGCUACUGGGAGAUGAGAAUGAUACUGUUGAUGACUGAAUGUUUUUUUUUACUGCAGCAACCUAGGAAUACAAAAUACUGUACAGUGUGUGUGUGUGUUUGCAAAUGUUUAUUUAAUUUUUUUUACAUUUUAGUGAUUUGGCAGAAGUUGCUAUUCAGAGCAAUUAGGGAGAAGUGCCUUGCUCAAGGGCACAUCGACAGAUUUUUCACCUAGUCGGCUCGGGGAUUUGAACCAGCAACCGUUCGGUUACUGGCCCAACGCUCUUAAAAGGCGCUGCAUGGUCAAACCGACGUCUGCAUUGGCCGUGCAGCAAUUACGGUGAAAUGGCCUCUGCAGAAGUCAGGGCAUUCAUACUUCUGGCGCUUCACGGAGCAGAGCUGUUGUGAGGGAAGUUGUCAAGGAAGUGAGUUUGUGUUUAUGCAGGACCUCCCGCCCUCACCUACCGUCAACCAAUCAUGUCAAUGUGGAGCCCUCCGCAUUGUUACAACAUUUGAGAGGCGCCCGUCGAUGCAGUAAUGAGCUCAAUUUGGCCUCUGCAUGCCUCCGGAGGCGCCGCAAUUGCGUCACACCAUCCACAUUUUCAGAUCAAGCAUAAAUUGGCUUUAACCGCUAGGCUACCUGCCGCCACAUGUCAGCUAUGACGUUCUGUUGGAUACCUUUGACCACCUGGAGUAGUAUCCGACUGGAAGGACCACUCUGAAUGAGCUGGCGGUAUAGAAUACACUCUAAUGUAUGUCCCCUGUAGCUCAGUUGGUAGAGCGUGGCGCUUGCAACGCCAGGGUUGCGGGUUCGUUUCCCACGGGGGACCAGUAUGAAAAAUGUAUGCACUCACUAAACUGUAAGUCGCUCUGGAUAAGAGCGUCUGCUAAAUGACUAAAAAUGUAAAAUGUAAUGGAGGAUCCCUAACCCUCGGUCUCUUCCUCAGCUCAACCUGGUGGCCCUGAACCAACCCUACACAGGGAACUUUGGUGGUGACGACAUGGCAGACAGGCGGUGCUAUGAACAGGCCAUGGCCAUGGGCCUGCCCGACUACUACCGGGGCUUCGUAUCCUCAAACAUCCAGACAAUUAAUAAAGACCUGGUCCCCCAGAGGUUCACACAGAGCUACCCCGUAACCAACCUCAGGGUAAGCCAACCUCUGUUAGCCAUGGGUCAUCUAAGAUCAGUGUUAACAAAUAAAGUGUCAGUCAACUCCUUUUUUUUUCUGUAUCCACAGGGGGACAUUUUGUUCAGUAACUACAAGUCUAUCUUCACUGGG